AUGGAUCCUCUGAUUGCGUCAGAGAGCUUGACCUCUGCUGAGAAUGGCCGCAACGCUGAACCUAGCAAGACACCAGCACAGAUUCAAGAGGAGAAUAAGUUUCAGAAAGCUAUAGCAGUAUGGCGAGGAAUCGACCUUGCGAACCUGAUUGCUAAACAUGAUACCACAGCAUCUGAUAUCGUAUCACACCAGAGAGACUCCCUCGUCCAGAGGAAAGACCUGGCACAGAAGACCAAGGACUUCAGGAAGCUUGAUGACGCAUCGAAGCUGUCAGAGUAUAAAGGGCUGUUGAAAUCGUACCAGGCCUUUAUAGAUCUUCUCACCAACCAAGGGAAGGUAGCGUCGUCCUCAUUCUUACAAUUCUAUUCCGCGUUGUCAGAAGCCCCAGAUCCCUAUCCCCUCCUAGAGGCAUCGAUCGAUUCUCUAGUCUUGUCCGAAGACACUGUUCCGAAAUUGAACGCAGAAAAGGAUUUCCUGCAAAAUAGCGUCAACCGCUUGACAUAUCAGCUCGAAGAGACUGAAAAACGGCUAGCGGAAGAGCGUGCUACGCGGUUAAAGCUAGAAGAGAACCAGGAUAAGAAGAUUCAAGAAGUGGAAACUUCGUGGAAAGCUGCACUAGCAGAAAAGACAAGCAACUGGGAGGCAAAAGAGAAAGCGUUCGAGGAGAAGGCAGAGAACCAUGACCGGCUGCUUAAAGAGCUUAAAGCGAGCUAUGAGGUAUCCCAGCGGCUGGACCGUAACGAGAACACCGAGGAUAAUACACGCAGCGCAGCAACGGCAGCGGAGCUCGAGAUUGUUACAUCGGAUUUAGAGAGAACUAGCAUUCGUCUUGCUGAGGUGGAAGCCCGCAAUGAGCAGCUUAGUCUUGACCUUGCUCAGGCAGUUUCUCAGUCUCAAUCUGAACAUAGUUCCCACCCCAUUGAAGAAGACCCUCAGUACCUGCGGCUGCAGAGUGAGAAUUCCUCUCUCAUGCGAAAACUAGAGGCUGCUCGCUUUGAUAAAGAUACAGAGAGGAAUAGCUGGCAAGGGAAGCUUCGCCAAUGUGAACGGGCUAACUCAAAGAUCACACUGGAACGAGACGAACUCCGUGAAAAGCUUACCAAAGUUGCAGAUUACGAUGAUAUCAAGCGCGAGUUAGAGGUCAUUAAGUCUAUUGAAUUUUCUACCGGAGAUGAUGAACCAGAUGCUUCUAUUGACGAUGCCAAACCCUCAAACUCCAAAGAAAAUAACCUGGAGCAGUUGCUCCUUGCACGCAACAAGAAACUGUCCAACGAACUUACGAUCUUACGAGUAUCCCACCAAGACCUAGAAGGUCAACUGGAAAACCUCCGGGGAGAGCUCUCGCGAACCAACGCAGAACUGGAGAAGUCGAGAAAGCUGGCCACCAAGCUAGAAAACGACCUUCUCCAUAUCCAGCGCGAAGCAACCAACUCCUCCGCCAUGUCAGUGGCUGGGACAUAUGUGUCCAGAUACCCUCACGGCUCCCGUAGAGGGCGAGUAUCACCAACCUCAUCCAUCAUCUCGGGCUUCGAUAACUCCAUGUCCCCCUCCACCAUGGAAGCAAUUCGGGCUGGUGAGCCAGUCGGUGGUGGCUCCGGCAUUCUUCCAAUGGUCCAGGCACAGCGUGAUCGUUUUAAACAGAAGAAUGGCGAGCUAGAAGAAGAGCUGUCAAAGACUUAUGGUAUCGUCAAAUCACUACGGGCAGAGGUAGCAUCCUUGCAGAAAGAUAACCUAAGCCUGUACGAGAAGACCCGGUACGUAUCUACGUACAAUAGGGGCCAAGCAUCGACCUCCUCAACCGCAACACCGUACUCGAAUAGACCCAACGCGACGGCGAUUCAAGUAGAUGCGGAAACCCCUUCUGGCUUAUCACUAGAUAGGUACCAGUCCGCGUACGAGGCUCAGAUAUCGCCGUUCGCCGCCUUUAGAGGCCGAGAGUCCGCUCGUGCGUAUAAACGCAUGAGUGUUCCCGAAAGGAUCAUUUUCUCUAUCACUAGGAUGGUUCUUGCGAACAGGACAAGUAGAAACCUAUUUGCGGCAUACUGUCUUGCUCUGCAUAUUCUCUUAUUCGUAAUGCUGUAUUCUAUGAGCACGACCGGGAUCGAGAAACAUGCUGGCAUCAUGCUCGAUCAUGGGGCAGGUCAAAAUCUCGGGGCAGCUGACGGUAGUCCCCUUGAUCAUUUGGAUUAA